AUGGACCGAGUUGUGGGAUUUGCUAUUUUAUCAACCAUUUUAUGCGUCGAACCUGUUUUCGGAAAAUACGUCAGGGGUGUCGUCAACACCAAAGAGGACUGGGUGUUUCUGACAAGGUUUUGCUUCCUCACUGAUUUUGGCAGACUGGAUUUUAAGUUUCGAUACCCCAAGUCACACUGUUGUGAGAACAUACUGCUCUACUUCGAUGACAGUUCGCAGUGGCCAGCUGUAUACAAGAGGCCAGAGAAGGACUGCUAUCAGAGAGAGGCAGUCCUAAGACCUGAAAAUAAUCAAGUCAUUAACCUUACCACCCGCUACACCUGGUCUGGGUGCAUGGUUGAAGUAGAGGAUAAUGAAGAAUUUCUGAGCUGUAUUGGAGGGCGUAGUUUCCGGUCAAUCAGAGAGAGAUGGUGGUACAUUGUGCUCAGCAAGUGUGGAGGAGAAGGGUUGCAGUUGGAAUAUGAAAUGAAACUGACUAAUGGACUGUCUUUUUGGACCCAACACUUCUCUGCAGAUGAGUUUGGAAUUUUGGAAACAGAUAUCACUUUCUUGGUUAUAUUUGCAACAGUAUUCUCUCUCUCCUGCUAUUUUGCAAAUAAAUUAAAGGGAAGACAGCUGCUUCAUACCACUUAUAAAAUGUUCAUGACUGCAACUGGAGUUGAGGUUUUCAGCCUGCUCUUCUUAUGUAUAUAUUGGGGCCUGUAUGCAAGAGAUGGAGUGGGAAAUGGAUGCCUAAAGUUACUUGGCAAAUUACUUUUUUCAGUUAGUUUUCUGGUGUUUCUCCUGAUGCUGAUUCUCUUGGGAAAAGGCUUUACUGUCACUAGAGCGAGAAUAAGUCACAGUGGCUCCAUCAAGCUAUCCAUCUACAUGACCGUCUACACAAUUACCUAUAUUAUACUCUUCAUAUAUGAAGCUGAGUUUUUUGAUCCAGGUCAGGUACUUUAUGCUUAUGACAGCCCUGCUGGAUAUGGGCUGAUGGGCCUCCAGCUCCUUGCAUAUGUCUGGUUCUGCUAUGCAGUACUUGUGUCACUUAAACAUUACCCAGAGAAACAGCCAUUCUACAUCCCUUUCUUUGCUGCCUACACUCUCUGGUUUUUUGCUGUACCAGUGAUGGCACUAAUUGCCAACUUUGGUAUAUCUCGAUGGGCUCGGGAGAAGAUUGUAAAUGGCAUUCAGCUUGGUAUUCAUCUUUAUGCCCACACUGUCUUUUUAGUAAUCACACGUCCAUCAGCAGCCAACAAGAAUUUUCCCUAUCAUGUGCGAACGUCUCAAAUUGGUAUCCUGCUGUCGAGCCCUGAAGAGAAGGGCACAGAAAGUUUUCCACAUCAUGCUUAUGGGAACAGCUCCUUUCUGGAAGACUCCCAACCUAACUUCACUGAACUCUUCUCCAUCCAGUCAAUUCCAUCAAAAACAAUAAUUGAGGCAGGGGGUUGGAAAGGACAGGAGCUGGCAAUCAACAGUGAGCAAAAGAUCAUUACAACAGGAGCUGACUUACCAGCCACAGUUAGCCAAACUCCUUCUCCCACAACACAAAAAAACUGUGAUAUAUCUCCUUCUAGACUAUGUCCUCACUUUACAGAAUAUUUCAGUAUGCACAGCAGAGAAUGGGAGGGCUCUAAAGCGUAGUGAAGCGAACAUGGGAUUUAAAAUUAGGAAAUACUAAGUGUCUGGUUUUCUGCAUUAAGUAACUGCUGUAUUUGUGAGAGAAAUCUAAAAUGUUUUUCAUGUAAUAAAGAUUAGCAGCAAAUCUAUAACUGGAUCAAAAGUACUUAGAUCCAUAAAAAGCAAUAAAUAUUUAAGCAAAUUAAAAAAGGUUAGGAAAACAUUUUUGAUGAACAAACCAUAGAAUUAAGAAGGAAUUGUAAUUAAUAUGCAUUUUAAAUCAUGUCAAAAAUACAUAAAACUGUAA